CCCUCCAAGCCUAGCCUAGGCUGCAGUCAGCGUGCGUCGUGUAUUCUUUUGGGGGCAGUUCAGGGCACUUGGAAGGGGUGAGUCCAUUUUUAAAGGGUCAGGGAAUGGUGAGAGUGAAGAAAGAGGAAGACACCUGGUCCCCGUGGAACGAAAGGAAUAAGAGAUGGAAUGGGUCGCUUGGGAAGGAGCUCAGGAUUUGGAGAUUGGCUUGGGCUAAAGCAUCUAAAGACCCUAGGAUUGCUGCAGAUCAACAUUCUCCACUGGAGAAAAAGAUAUUGAAUCUAGGUGGUGUGCAUACAACAGCAGCAAGACACUUGAUGAGUAGAAAAUGUCAAGAAGAGUAUGAAACACUCUGUAGGGAACAAGCUGUUUCUCUUGACUACUGGCUUGCCAAAGCAGAGUCUUAUUAUAAUAAAAGAUUAGUGGAAAUGUUGAAAGAAGAGAAGACUGGCAAUGAAAUGAAUACAGAAAUGGAGGAGGAAACAACCCAAAGCAUAGAGGGACAAAAACAGUACUAUUGGGUACCUGAGAGAGAGAGGAAACAGAUACAAAGGCACAUACAUCAAACAGGCCAGGCCAGAGAAUUUAAAAGCAAAACAUUUAGACAACCAAGACCCCUCAGUGCAACAGUAUUACCAAAAAUUAAGCCAGAAAAGCAUAGCAUCCCAAAAGCACAGAGAAGAAAGCAGGUAAAUGAGAGAGAACAGAUGCAAAUUAAAGAUCAUCAAGAACGCAUGAUUCGAGGGAGAGAACUUAUAGAGCAAAAACUCAAGGAAAGAAUUUUGAGGAAAAGUCAGAGCCAGCUACCUACAUAUGAGAAGCAAGAGAGAAUACAGAAAGAGGUAAAAGAGUUUGAAAGAGUUAUUGCAUAUCCACUUUUCCAGCCUCGCAAUAGAAGUCGGAUUAAGGUGAAUAUUCUUAUGGAAAAGCAUCAGAAUACAGAGGAAGUGGAUACAAUUAUAAAGCCACAUCAAAGAAGAUUCUUGGUUGUGCCACCCUUUUUGAAAAGCCAAAUUAGGAAAAUAAAAGAUUAGUAAAGUUUCAAUGCUUUU